AUGCAAAAAUGUGCAGCGGAAUUUUCAACUGAGGAUUGUGCUUCCCUUGGAUUUAUUAAAGCUAACCUGCUUUGCUCUUCAUGCGACCAGCUUAAAGAUUUUAGUUUAGACCAAUUGGUUGAACAUUGUAAGGAAUGCUGCCAUAACGACGACAGUGCACCUAAGGAGAAAAAAUACGCUCGUGCAAUACUGGAAGUUUGUACCUGCAAGUUCCCAGCUUAUCCGCAAAUUCAAGCAUUUGUAAAGAGUGACCGGCCGACUAAAUUCCCCAACUUGCAAAUUAAGUAUGUACGUGGAUUAGAUCCUAUAAUCAAACUCCUAGAUAAAGAUGGUAUUGUCAAAGAUACUGUAGCUAUUGAAAAAUGGAAUACUGACUCGGUAGAAGAAUUUUUAAAUACGCAUCUUGAGAAAGAAGAAGAUGAUGAUCGUAGAUAUUUAAAAACUAACCAAAUAUAA